UAUUCCUCUCUUUCUCUCUCUACUUUCUCUCGCUAGUUUCUUUUUCUCUCUAACUUUUUAAUGAAUGUUUCCAUGCCGCCUGAUGGGCUGCUUUUCACACCAUUUCAUUUCCCCGCUAGUGUUUCUUUGAGUUGUCUAGCUCACUAAAGCUUCAAACUCAGAAGACCCAAGAUUUUUUUUUGAUUGUUAACCCAGUAAAACCAGGUUGGAGAGAGAGAGAGAGAGAGAGAAGAGAGAAAGUUAGAGAGAGAAAGGGGAGGUGGGGUACACAGAAAUGCUCUCUGGGUCCUGCUCAUUUGCUCAUUUUUAUCGUACCUGCCUCUCUGUAAUAAGGCCAUUACAACGUUUCUUACCCUGAAAUUUCCAUUACCAGGAAGGACCAAUUCGUGUAGUGUUAGGUCUUUGGCGUAGAGAGAGAGGAUGAGCAAAUGGAAUUCGAAAGGUAAUGUUGCAGAGAGGAAUGGGAGGAAUGAGGAGAUAGAGUGGGAGAUGAGGCCUGGUGGCAUGCUGGUUCAGAAAAGGGAUGAUGGGGUUUCAUCUUCUGGACCCAUGAUCAAGAUCAAGCUUUCUCAUGGCUCCUACCAACAUGACAUCUCUGUACCUGCCCACUCCACCUUUGGGGAUCUGAAGAAGGUUGUCGCCCAAGAGACUGGAUUGGAACCAAAGGAGCAGAGGCUUCUCUUUAGAGGGAAAGAGAAAGAUGAUGAUGAGCACUUGCACAUGGUGGGUGUCAAGGACAUGUCAAAGGUGAUUUUAUUGGAGGACCCAGCCAGUAAAGAAAGGAAGCUCGAGGAAAUGAAGACAGACCAGAGGAUCGCUGACGCCUGGAAGGCCGUAGCUCGAGUCCGGGCAGAAGUGGAUAAGCUCUCAGAGAAGGUUUCAGCCUUGGAAGAAAAAGUGCAGCGUGGGACCAAAGUUGCUGAAAACGAGUUUGUUGUCUUAACGGAAAUGCUCAUGAUUCAACUGCUGAAGUUAGACAGCAUUGAGGCAGAAGGAGACGCAAAAGUGCAGAGAAGAAUUGAGGUUCGUAGAGUUCAGAAUUGUGUGGAGACAGUGGAUGUUCUGAAAGUGAGAAACUCCAACCCCUUUAGCAGCAAAAGAGUGGCAGUGACCACUCAGUGGGAGACCUUUGAAACUGGGGUAGGAAGCCUGAGUGCUCCCCAACCCUCCUCCCCCACAAAGAUUACGAAGGACUGGGAAUUGUUUGAUUGAUUAACUUUCUUUUUAAUUGCAGUGAACUUAAAGUGCAACAAAUGUGACUAUACUCGACAAUGCUUGCAUUUCUUGAUUGAGCAGAUUGAAGCCGGUUAGGGUAUCCUUGUCGUGUGACUCACUGUAAAUUAUGUAACAAACUUUGUUCAUUAAUACUUGGGUUUAUGAUUGGGCAGAUUGAAACCUGAAGAUACCGUACUUUAUUACUGUAUAUAUCGACUAUUUAAAUCAUGGUUGGUUGUUUCAGUUGAA